CACUCCAGGCAGCUUUGCAUAUAAACGUGCGCCUUGGACCUGGUUUUUACUCUUCAUCUAUCCAUCAUUAGUGAGCAUUUUACAUCCAGUGCCACCAUGUCUUAUUUAGAAGAGCUGGGAAGAAGAAGAAGAGCAGGGGGAGGGAGGUGAGACUUUGGCUGCAUACUUCCACCCUAAUGAGAGAACGCCCCAAAUACAAGUCUAUGGUAUCGCAACUUUCUGCACCAAAAAUCCCUGAGGGGGAGAGGGUCGACUUUGAUGACAUCCAUAGAAAAAGGAUGGACAAAGAUCUGCUGGAGCUACAGACGCUUAUAGAUGUCCACUUUGAGCAGAGAAAGAAAGAGGAAGAGGAGCUGAUUGGCCUCAAAGAAAGAAUUGAGAGCCGUCGAGCAGAGAGAGCAGAGCAGCAGCGUGCCAGAGCUGAAAAAGAGCGAGACAGACAGACUCGGAUUGCUGAGGAGAGACAGAGGAAAGAGGAUGAAGAGGCCAAAAAGAGGGCAGAAGAUGAGGCCAAGAAAAAAAACGUGCUCUCCAACAUGGGGGCUCAUUUUGGUGGGUUCAUUGCAAAGGCAGAGCAAAGACGAGGCAAAAAACAAACUGCAAGGGAGAUCAAGAAGAAGACUCUGGCAGAGAGACGCAAGCCACUGGCUAUUGAACACCUCAAAGAGGAUGGCCUGAGUUUUUCCAUGUGUGUCAGAGAGAAAGCCAAAGAGAUGUGGGAAUGUAUCUACCAGCUGGAGUCGGAUAAGUUUGACCUCACUGAGAAGAUGAAGGGGCAGAAGUAUGAGAUCAACGUCCUCCUGAACAGAAUUCAACAUGCUCAGAAAUUCAAAAAGGUCCAUGGUAAGGGGAAGGUUGGAGGACGCUGGAAAUGACCCCCCCCCCGCCACAAAAAAAACCAACAACCCACAAACAUGCACACACACACACACACACAUGCAUUUGCAUUUGGAGUUAACAAAAUACAUACAUUACUCAACUGCAUAAUGCCCAUAUAACACUGCUUAUACAGUAUAACAGUGUUAUUUAUAUUAUAUUAUAUAAUAUUUAUAUUAAAUUGGACUGUUAGUAUUGAAAUGCCAAAGCUAGAAAUUGUUACAGGUGUUACAAACAUAUUUGAAUUACUAUUUGAGAUCUCUAACAACUGGCAGAAUAUUUUUCUUGUGAGAUAAAAUAAAUCCUGUAUGCAUAAACAUACACACAAAAUGUUUCUGUGUCAUUUUAGAACAUUUAAUGGUUGAGGUAAAAGAGUGGCAAAAAAAGUAAAAGAAAAUGCAUACAGAAAACGUAUAGGCUUAGUGUAUUUUUCAGAAACAAUUUCAUAGCAAAAGGAGACUAAUAAACAGCUGUGAUCAAAUAAACCUUCACCUCUUCUUUUGUGUGAAAACUGCAUGAACGUCAUCGCUGUUGCUCUCAUGCAAAUGUUCAAAGCCCAUCUCCAGAGCCAUGCUUGCCACUUUUGUUGCAAAGCCUGCUUCUUGCUCUUUGUUCAGAUCCAGAAUGUACCUGAUACACACACAAGGGCUGUUGUCAAUGUCACUGCUAACUGCGAGAAAAA